AGCAAUUCGAUUGGUGAGGGAUACAAUGGAACCAGCACCUGCCGUAAUUACCUUACUGCUAGUUUUCUGGCUAAGAAUAUUACCAGCUUCGCUUUCAUCAAUCGAAGCAGACGACGUGUUCUCUUCCAUCUCGAAAAUGGAAGGCCUAGUCCAUCAAGAAAAAGAACUUGUUGACAUAGUCGACUCGUUUCUGAUCGAAGCCAAACAGAAAAUUGCCAUAGUUGACGAUUAUGUCACCACGUAUCGGCAGGCAAUGAAAGGAAAUUUCAACUCGGCUUGGUUGGUGGCUAAUCCCGUAGACGCUUUUCAUUUGAUUAAACGGUUCACCGUAGACUGGCCAAAAACCGAACAGAUUCUUCGUGACGUGUCUGUCAUCAGUAACGAUGCUCGUAAUCACGUCAUGAUUUUGGGUGACAAAUCAACGUCCGCCAAGUCGCACGAUUUGCAUGGAGCCGCAAUUGCGCUCAUUCGCCUUCAAGACACGUAUAAACUUAAUGUGACUGCUUUAGCCGACGGUCGUUAUACUGGCGUGGAUCAGUCAAAAGAACAAGUGUUCCAAAGUCUACAAGAUUUGAGCAGUCACGACUGCUUUUUUAUAGCGCGACACGCGUUUGCCGAUGGAUAUUACGACACUGCGUUAGAAUGGGGCGGGGCCGCUCUACGCCAAUUAGCUCGGGAGGAAGAUAACGUUGGUCCAACGACGGAGAUUCUUGGCGACGAAAUCAAGCGUUUCAUGAACUAUGCCAGUAAUGUGCACGAUGACGUCCUGGAUAAACAAGGACCACUCGGCAUGCAUUGGCAGACUGGCAGUAAUCCGGUGAAUAAAAAGUUAUUCCGAUCGGGAAGUAGCGAGAAGUACGAAAGCCUCUCCGAGCAGAAAUUCACUCCCAAGCUUUAUCAACAACAAAGCGAAGCUGAACAAAACGAAAGCUACGAAAGGCUUUGCCGAGGAGAAAAACUAAGGACAGGGAAAAUUGAAGCAAGUUUACAAUGCUAUUUAGAGACAAGAGGCCAUCCGGCUUUGUUGCUCCAACCGGCGAAAGUUGAACAACAAUCUCUAGACCCAAUGAUUGUCGUUCUUCAUGAUUUGCUUACCGACCAUCAAACGGACAUUCUUCGUCAACUUGCAGAGCCUAAAUUGGCCACAUCCAGUCAUCUGGGACCGGACGGGACAUUCGUUCGCAGUAUGAUUCGCACUAGUAAAAAUGCCUGGUUGGAGGAACAUGAAAACGCUUCACUGCCAGCUAUUCGACGUCGAAUGGAAAUCGUUACGGGUCUGAUCUAUGCUCCCGAAACUGCCUCUGAACAUUUUCAGGUCGCUAAUUAUGGCAUCGGUGGAUUGUACAAGACACACAGUGACAGCACAGUCAAUCGCGAAGAUGUAGAUCCUUGGAUGGUACUCCUUGGAGACAGGAUUGCCACUUUAAUGGUCUAUCUAACGAAUGUGGAAGCUGGCGGAGCAACUGUUUUCCCAAACGCUGGAGUCACUUGCUGGCCACGGAAGGGAUCGGCUGCCUUCUGGUGGAAUUUGUACAAGAGCGGAGAGCCGGAUCUCACCACGAUUCACGGAGCUUGUCCUGUUUUGCACGGUAGCAAAUGGGUAUCAAAUAAAUGGAUUCAUCAGUAUGAUCAAAUGUUUAUUGCAAAAUGUGGACUCCAUUUUCUGGAAAAGUUUGAUGCCCUAGUACCUCACUAGGGUAUAGGCAGACAUGAAUAAUAUGGCAAGAAACUAAUCGCAUUUCACCGAAGCCAUACAGAAUAAAGGCAGCCGGGUCGUAGUGGACACAAGGCCCACUAAUUAUGGUACAUCUUAGACGUCACGCUACACAAUAUGAUGUAACAGUUGCAAAAAUUCA